GGUUCUCUACUGUAUACAAGACCGUGAUCUAUACCGCACGAGAUCAAGUUUGUUGGUCCUGUUGACCUGUAUAAUAAAACCUAGAUAUGGCGGAGAAAUAUGCAAUUGCUAAUGACGAGCAAUGCCCGCCAACGAAGAGAGCCAAAUUAGACGACAAAAGUUUGACCGAGAACGCAAAGGAAGAAAACGCGAGCACGAAUGCGAACGGGAAAACCCCGAGCGAAAACGAUGACGGCGGCGUACAUGAAAGUGAAUUGAACCUAUCGGCAUUCGAAGUGACGAGGGUGCUGCAGAAUAAUUGCGCGCGGAAAUUGAUAUGUUUAGAGGGAAAAUUCGAGGACCGCGAGGGCCCAGCGGUGGUUCUACUCGAGCAGAAGAGUUUCCCUUACGACAACUUGGUCCUAAAGAAGAAUUUCUUUGAUGAGAAAACAAUUUUCGAAAAACACUUUACGAAUGAUAUCUACGGAAAUUAUGAUUGUUUCCCAUCGGGCAGAUGCAACAGUUUAAAAGCGACUGUAGUAUAUCCAGCCACGCAAAAUCAUAUUGACAAGUAUAAGAAACAACAAUUACAUAUAAUAGACGAAACGUAUGAACUCUAUGAACAAGUUACUCUUCCUCACAUAGAGUCUACGAGUUUCAGUUUGGAGUGGAUAACUAAUAUACUGGAGCAUAAAGCCGAACAGGAAAGUGUUAUUUACGAGGAUCCUGACAAAGAUACAGGUUUUGUAUUGGUGAUAGAUUACAAGUGGGACAAGCAGCCAGACACGUUAAAGUUACUAGCUCUGCCUUUUCAAAAGAUAAGAUCGUUGAGGGAGUUGAAUGGCUCUCACCUCCCUUUAUUAAAAAAUAUAAGAGACGCUGGAACAGCGGCGAUUAGCAAGAAAUUUAAUAUACCUGCAUCACAACUUAGAAUAUAUUUUCAUUAUCAACCAUCGUAUUAUUACUUACAUGUGCACUUUUGCUACCUCAUGUUUGAUGCGCCAGGUAUAUAUGUGGAGAAAGCGCAUCUUUUAUCAACAGUUAUACGUAACUUGGAAUUGAUGCCGGAUUACUAUACAAAAGCAGUUCUCUCUUAUGUAGUGUCUAAAGGUAGUCCACUCUAUGAAAAGUUUAAAUCGCAUGGAGUCUUGAUGCCAGAAACAUCGGAGACGUGCGAAACACGUUAGAUAUAAGUAAUAAACAGUAUAAAUGACAGAAUAACUUUAUAUCGGAAAGACGUAAGUUACUUGUUUUUUUAUACUUAUUUUUUAUACAUAUUGAUAUAGGCGAUGAAAAAACGAGAUGAAAUUUUGUUUACCGUCGAGCAGUUACAAUCACAAAAAUUAUUACUGACACGAUUCUAUCAAAACCUUUCUUGCCUCUGUCAUGGAAGCUCUUAAUGUAACACUACUUUAUGUGUGAGAUUAAAGACAACACAAUAGGUUUGGAACAUCCAGUGUAUAUUUUAUUAGAAUAUGCAGGAUAUUUUUAUUUCAAAUUUUCUAAUUAUUUGCUUUAAGUAAUAUAUACACACACACAUACAUAUGUAUGCAUAUCAUAAAAUUUGGAGCCUGGAGAAGCUUAAAGAUUCUCAUGAUAUACACACAAUUGUCUAAUGCAAAAGUAUUGUAUAAUGUAUAAACAUAUUAUAUAUACGUAUGUAUAUAUAAUAAACACUAUAUUUACACAUAAAAAAACUGAUAAACCAUAAUGAUUUUGUAGUAAGGACUAAAAUAAUAAAUACUUUAUUAUUUAU